GGUUCAUUUCCUGGCCGGUGGGUUUGCAGCGGCAAACUUAGAGGAGUUCGCGCUCGAUGCCUCGCUUCAAAACCAGCGAUGUGGUGGACGCAGAGACUCAGCAGUGCACCUUUGCAGAGUUGUCCCUUUCAGCGCCCCUAGUGCGCAGCCUUCACGAGAUGGGCUGCGAGCGACCGUCGCCGGUGCAGUUGCACACCAUCCCCGUGGCACUGUCUGGUGGCGACGUGAUCGUGCAAGCAAAAUCCGGCACAGGCAAGACCAUUGCCUUCUGCUCUGUGGUCCUUGAAGGCAUAGACACUUCUGUUGCAGGCGCCUCCCAGGCUCUUAUCCUAGCUCCCACCCGCGAGAUUGCCAUGCAGAUUUCCGAUGAGCUGGAGCGGCUCGCCUGGUACUUGGAUCCACCUGUUGAUGUUGGAUGCUUCAUCGGCGGGGUCUCGCUGGAAGAGGAUGAGGAGAAGCUCGAAAGCGGCACUCCUCACGUGGCUGUGGGAAGCCCGGGUCGCAUGCUGAAGUUGCUCAGAGAGGGAAUGCUCACCACAGAUGCGCGCUUCCUGGUGCUGGACGAGGCCGACAAGCUCUUGGACGCCAACUUCAGGCAAGACAUCACUGCCAUCACCGAGUUGGUCUUCACGAAGCAGCUGCAGUUCCUGGCGGUCUCCGCGACCUUCCCGCCGCCCUUGGUGGCCCUGGCGGAGGAUCUCUUCGUGCACGUGGAGAAGAAGCGGGCCAGCCGCGGCCAGCCGGUGGAGAGAGAUCUGCCGCAGAAGGUUUUCCUGUGCACCUCUGCUGUCAAGAAAGAUGAGGAUGGCGUCAACAUUGCCAUCGAUGAGUCAGGCGAAGAGCUCGAAUCUGCUUUGCUGAAGGGUGUCCUCCACGUGCGGCAUGUCUUACAAGGUUACCAUAUUCGGCAGAAGAUGCCGGCUCUCUUGGAAGUCCUUACUACGGUGUCGUACCAGCAGGCUCGGAACCGCUUCGGUUCCCUCGAGGCCUUCGUCUUUGUGGGCGACUCCAACAACGCGAUCCAAAUCGCGGAGAUGCUGAACCAGGCGGGAGUCCCAGCGGCUGCCAGCAGUGGAAGGAUGGAGCAGUCCUACCGCACACAGGCAUUUGCUGGCUUGAAGCGCUUUCAGUACAGAGUGCUCGUUUGCACCGAUCUCAUGGCGCGCGGCAUCGACGCCGAGAACGUGGACAUCGUGGUGAACCUGGAUUUGCCCACGGAGAAGGAGACGUACCUCCACCGCAGCGGCCGGACCGCCCGCUUCGGCUCGGUGGGGUGGAUGGUGUCCCUGGUCUUUGAGGGGGAUGAGGCCGAGCACUUGAACUACUUCCAGGUGCAGCUGGGCUUCGAGUUGGUGGACUACGCGGAUCGCGAGGCGGCUAUGUCCUCCAGACUCCAGCAAUUGGAUUUCAAGGAUGCAAAGUUGGGUCCCACACCAGAAGAGAUGGAGCGCUUUCCGCAGGAGUCGUUUCCUGUGCCUCAGACCGGCGGCAACGAAGUUGGUUGGGGUCUAGGACCCACAAAGACAAAGAAGAAACGAAGCCUGCCAAAGUCAGCAGGACCCAAAGAGCAAGUGAAGGAUGGCUUCGGUUCCAAAAGAACGGGACUAACGGAGGCGAUGCGGAUGGAGGGGCCCAAAGAAGUCGCACCACGGCCACACCAAGCCGAUCCAGGCUUCCCCAGUUUCUCGGCUCCAAGCCCUCCAGCCCCUGCUGCGGCACCAGAUCCGAGGCAGUUUCUUGCGAGCCACAUGGCCAAGCUUGGGCUAUUGGCUCCACCAGUCCUGCCUCCUGGAAAUCUGAGCCCAGAGAUCCAGGCCGCCCUUCCCGCCUGGGAGCCCUGGAUGCUGGACUGCAACUUCGCGAAGUAUGCUGAGCAGCAAAGUCCUGCUGGCCAGAUGUUUUUGACAUGCCUCAGCGACAGCACCAGAAAUCGCCUGGAUGCUUUGUGGCACAACCACUGUCGAGUGUGGAUUGGUGCGUGAGGCAGCGACACUUCUUCGCCAUAGGCUUCACCGCGCAGCAAAGCAUCCCGGUGCAUCUU